UUGCAAAAACAAAAUUAUAGUAAGAGCUUUGUGGGUGAAGAUAACGGAGCUACGGGUCUUAUUCUUUGGAGGAAUCCAAUCAGCAAAGAUUCUAUAACAUCAUCGUCCUAUUCGGCUAUUCCUAGAAAGUUUUCUCUGUUAAAUUUUGCUUCACACAACUCCCAGGAUUCUUAAAAAUUCAUCAGCUUCUUCGUCUAUGCUGUGUUGGUAUUGGCCAAAUGGGUUCAUUCCAUUGAUGGGUUUUGGAGCAAAGAGGCUGUUCUCAAAAGGUUAUAGCUUGGAUUUUUUUGGUACCCUUUACUUUCUUUUGGGAUUGUUGCUGUUCUAUGAUAUGUGAAGGAGUUUUAUGAGGAAAUGGGGGUUCAUUCUUUGAUGGGUUUGCAAGUACUUAGGUUGCUCUUAAUUGGGUAUAGUUUAGGUUCUUGAUUUGUGUUCACAAACGGGCCUUUUAUUUAGGGUGUUGUUGUUUGUGAAAUUGGAGUUUAUAAAUUGAUUGUCUUAUUUGGAAUUUUGAUAUCUGUUCACAGAAAGGUUCCCUACAUUUUGUUGUUGUAGUAGUUGUUGACAUGGUUGUUUUUUGAUUGCUUUUGCAUUCUGGGGUUUAAGAUAUUUAUUUCUGCAAUUGAUUACUACUCAAAACAAGAGAGAAGUUAUUUCGGUACAUUCUCAGCUUUGAUGCUGAAAAUUGAGUCACAAGAAGAUUUGUUUCCUGGAAUUGGGAUGGUGGUUUUAUUUCUGUGGAUGUGGUUUUUAAGUUUACACUCUGUAACCAAAUUUUCCCCUGCAGAGUUAGAGCUUUUUUGAUUCUUAGGUUCUGGAAAUUUUAUUUCCUCGAUUUUGGAUUCAUGGAAAUUGCUGUAUUUGGGCUUUUUAUGCUGAGAAUUAAAACAAAGAGAAAAUUUUCUGUUGUGGAAUUCGGGUAGUGUAUUUACUGUCGAAGGGAGAGAGAGGAAAUGGAUUUCUGGGUGGUUGCAGUUGCUGCUGGUGCUGGAUAUUUAGCUAAGUAUUGGCAAAAUAUUUCAAAAUGGAACAGGUUUAGCUUACCCGAGUUAUCAUCUGGGGAUUCUAAUUGUGGGAAACCCAACUCCCCAGGUCGUUCCUUCCACCGAUUGGCACAAAGACAGAAACUAGCAGAUGAUGUUUCUACUGAUAGUAAAAGGGUUUCUAAUGGGAGGCAUUCAGAUAUGUACCAAGUUGAUAGUGCUUCAGCAGUAGAAGUGGCUUCCACUAGUGGGUUUGAUGGUGAAAAGCUGGGGUGCACAGGAGAAUAUGAAGAUCGCAAUUUACUUUAUGUAUCCAGCUUACCACCAGGAUGCUCAACAAAUGAAAAUGUUUUAGAGCAUGAGGCUAGAAAUAGGCUAAGUGGUGAUAUCAGUGAUAACUAUGAAUAUUUAACUAGCCCUUUGGGUUCUUUUCAUGGUCCUUCAAGGAAUAGAAGCUCUCUUCGAACUAAAUGUUCAAAUAGGCAAUUUAUCAAACCCGUAUCUUCCCUGGAAAGUUGUCUUAUGGCUCAGCUAUACAAGGUACACGCUGAAAUGGAAGACUAUGUAUUUAGUUUCCUUCCAUCGGCAUCUACACCAACUAUGAGGCCAUUAUUUGUUUCCGAUGGAAGCCGAAUACUCAACAGAGCAUAUGGUCAUUCUUUCAGUACACAAAGUGGAUUUAAGGAGAACAAGGGGCAUAACGAAGCCUACUUGGGAAAGAAUGAAAAUGUGUAUGGCAUUCCUCCACUAGAGUUCACCAAGAAGAUGAAAAAGACAAGAAAGGGGCAGAGUGGAAGAUUGAGUAGCUCAAUUAAACUGGUGAAUGGAAAACGCAUCCAUUCACAAGAUGGGUCACCAGAUAGUAUGAUUCUCUUCUGUCUUGGGAUUUCUAUUGGCAUAAUAGCUUCUAUCUUGACAAAUAAAAGAGAAGUAGACAAUCUGAAAGAGGUGUUGAAGCAGACUGAGAACUUGGUUCAAGAUCUGCAAGAGGAACUAGAGAUGAAAGAUUCAAUGACUGUGAAAGAACUGGCUAAUGAUAACUACGAAUCUCAGGAUACAUGUGAUAACUCCUGUGACAGGGCUCUAAAUGCUUUUUACCCUGAAAUGCAUUUAGAUGGUUCAACAAAAUAUGAUGAUAAAAAAUCAUAUGAUCAGAAGGCAGAGGAGAGUUCAGAAACUAUGAGUAAAAUUGAAGCAGAGCUUGAAGCAGAACUUGAGAGGUUGGGACUAAACAUCAGUGCAUGUAGUUUGGACAGAAGAUUGUCUGAUAUUGUUGAGCUUGACCCAGACUUUGUAGCAGAUUUUACUCAAGGUGAGUUGAGAGAAGACAUGAUCCAUGGGCAAGCUGCUGCACAACCUAAGUCAAAUCAAGAUGCCAGGGACGCCUCCACCCCCCACUCUGGAACCUAUGCUGUUUCACCCAGAGAGCUCAGCUUGCGUCUGCAUGAGGUUAUCCAAUCUAGACUUGAAGAACGUGUGCAGGAGCUUGAGACAGCCCUUCAACACAGCCAGAGAAAGUUAAAACUCGUGGAAUCAGGGCAUAAGAAUUCUUGGAAGGAGUUCUCAAGCAAUGAACCGAGAUAUUCCUCUACCCAAGAAUGUUCAAUUGCAAAUGAAUGUAAUCCUAUCACCCAGCCUCUGGUUAUGAAUCUCUCAGAGGAAGCUCUAGAUGCAUACAAUGAGGCUUAUAUAGAGCUGAUGAAGAUGGAUGAUUCAGAAGACCAGGAUUUAUCAUUAGUAGCCCAUGAAAAUAAGCAUCAACAGGGCUUCAAUCCAUUGGAUCAACAUGCAUUUAGGGAUCAAAAUGGUGGGAUAGGUGGUUCAAUACCACAUCUUGCAAUCAAUGAUGAUACAUUAUCUAUGGAAUUUUUUUCCAGUAAGAUGGAAGCAUUUGGAGGGCACACAUCCGAGGUUAAGGAAUUUAAUGAUGUCUGUGUAAGUGAAGAUGAAAAUAGUGAUUGUGAUGAUGAAAUUGAGAAGCAGUUGAUCAAGCAGAUUGUGGAGAAAACCAAGAAAGGUUCUCCUGUAGUUCUAAAUGCACAAAGAGUGUUGUUUUUAAUGGAUGAAAGUGAGCAUUGACUUGAAACAAAAUUAAUUUUUGCAGUGUAUAGGGUAUAUGAAGAGGAUAUUCAUUCAAUACUACGUCAUUUAUUAUUUUUUUAA